CCAGUUUUGCGAUAGAAACUGUUUUAAGCCCAGAGACACUUUUGUUGGAUUUUUCCACAAGUAUAAGUUAGAACUGUUAUUUUCGUUUAUUGCUAUAACAGAAUAAGUCAUCAUGUUGAUUAAAGUCAAGACGCUCACUGGUAAAGAAAUUGAGAUUGACAUAGAGCCAACGGACAAGGUGGAAAGAAUAAAGGAGAGAGUGGAGGAGAAGGAGGGGAUUCCACCUCAGCAACAAAGAUUAAUCUACAGUGGGAAACAGAUGAACGAUGAAAAGACGGCCGCAGACUAUAAGAUCCAGGGAGGUUCCGUGUUACAUCUGGUCCUUGCACUGAGAGGAGGAGAUGUCCACCAACAUCCACAAUUUCACCUACUAACCCGUUAAACCACCGUACCUGCCUUUCGAUUGGUCACCAAAAGAGAUCUGGCGAACCCUGUCACACAUGCUACUCAUGGCCGAGCACAUGACUGCGUAGAAUCAUUUAAAGCGAUGGUGGUCUGAUUAAUGUUAGCUAAUGUGGAAUGACCCCCCCCCCCCAGCCUCCCCCCACGAAAACACGUUAUUAUCAUUGCGAUCCUUGUACUCCCUGUAAGACCCCCUCUUAAAAGCAGGAGGGUUUGCUUGUUUUCUUCUGUUUACAUCGAGAUACGCUGAGAAAUCAUCUCUGAGAGUUGAAACUGAUGUCUCGGUUUGUCAAUAAAAUGUGCUAUUGAAAUUUUCA